GUGUAUACGUACACCUUCUACAGGCUGGAGGGGUUUAUCAGCAUUCAGCAUUGCUUCGCUGGCACUCUUACACACUUUACUUCACUCUUGUAUUCGUUCGCGGCCAUAUAUUAGUGUUUAUUUACCUAGCUACCUCUUCUCUCGAGCAACGAUAGAGUUUACGUCUGUGUCCAAAAAAGUCCGCAGUUUAUUGCUAGUGAAACGAUCGGUCUCACAAUCGACAAUUCCAACUGUGUUAUUAUCCUCUUUUUUCAUGUUUUCACCAUGACGCUGUUCGAUUUUUAUCGCGAAAAGUUUGUUUGCUUUGAACACGCUUUUGAUGAAGAAUUACUGCUCGUUAGUUGUGCUGCGCGAGAAAGUUAUCGGUGAUAUCGAGUUUUAUUUUCUCGAUUGUGUUACACCCUCUUGCAUACAACAUUUUUUAAAGGCGCAUAUAAAUAGGAAAAGAUUUCGUUAAAUAAGAACUCUACAAUACCACCAGAUUCUCGCAGAUAUCGCAUCAACCACGAUAACACGUUGAUACCGAUAUCUUGAUUGUGUGUCAGUCCGGCAUUGUCUUCAGGGAGGUCCAGUGUUACUAUUACUUCGUUUAUAGUAUAUUUAUCAUGGAAGCCGAUGACUUGUUGCUGUAUUUUGCUAUAGCAGCAGGUGUCGUUGCCGGUGUUCUGUUGCUACUCUUUGUUUUAGUGUGCGUACUGUUUGUCAAAGUCAAUCGAUUAUCGAAAAAUGGGCUCAAUCAGCUGCAUAAACAAACCAUGAUAGCAGACUAUUGUUACACGAACCCGACGAUCGUGCCAGGAGAAUUGCUAUCACGUCGAGGAUUUUCGAUGUACAGCGGUUCCGAUAACAUUGAUGAUGAUUACAGAACGAAGAGGGAUCAUUCUGGCAGUUAUCUCGAGGCGCGAUCAAAAUUCUGACAUAACACGAAUGCGUGAUUUAUGUAAAAUUCAUCAUACAACAAAUUAAAGACUCGACUGGCGUAAUUAAUUAAUUAUACUCUCACGCGAAUUUAAUUAUUAUCUGCCAUAAAAUUUGUUUGUACAUAUAUAGUUAUUUAUACAUGUGGAAUUUCGCUUUUGAUAUAAAACGAUUAAACUAAAGUAAAGAAACGUAUUUUUUUUAGAAAAUAUGAAAUAGUUAAAGAAAAAUAAAUCGUGUUUGAGUUUAUUUUAUCUAUAAAUGAUAAUGCUGUGCAACAAGUUAUCAACUACUUAGGAAGUUAUUAGUACAUUUGAUUGCCGGUAGAUUACGCUAUGUGCGUUAGCCACGGAGAAGUAGUUCACGAUGAUAAGUAUUAAAAUUUAGAAUAAAUAUAAAUAUAACAAUUAUAAAAUAUACAAUCUAUCGUAUAAUUUAAUUAAAAUCAUUAUUAAAAAUUGUCUACAUGUGUUCGUUAUCUCGUUGUCAUCUUUUGUUUUAAUCAUUUAUUUUUCAUUUCUAAUAAUCAUUAGUGAUUGAAUUCCAAAGAUUCUUUAUGUAGGAUAGCGUCUAUUAUAUUUGUAACGUGUAAUAAUUAUAAUAAAAUAAUUAUUAUGUUUCUUA